UUUGUGUGGACUGCCAACUUGGGCGAUAGCGCCGCCGCUAUGAGGACGACCUGAACAAAAAAUGUUUACAAUAAAUACUCCCGAAAAAGAGAAGGGCAAAGAGUCCCAGCUGGACAUUUUGCUCAAAAUUAACACAGGCGAAUACGUUUUGCAGAAGAAGAAAAAGCGCAGCUCGGUGUGGAAUGUAUAUCGGGAGAUUGUCAGGGGAGAUGGAUCAAGACUGAAAUGGCGCUUUUAUUGUAUGGGAUGCAAGCGGGUUAUGCAGUCCACCGGCGGAACCACCUCAAAUCUUCGUAUACACAAAUGUCAUGUCCGGUACCUGAAGCAAAACGGAAAUAUAUCUGUCGACGAUGCGCCAAGUCCUGGUACCGACUCUGAGAGCCUGCCCAAUCGUAUCGACAACGAAAGGGUCCCGACCAGGGUGCAAUCCACAGGGACAAUCCGCCAACUGACAUACGCCGACCAAUACGAAGAGUUCUACGAGGAAAAGAGGGCCUCCAAAAGACAGUACGACGAGAUGGGCGAGGAGCUGGAGAACCAUGAUGAGCCAGAUCCCAUCGAAGAAUUUCUGGAACCGGAUAUAGACCUGGGAUUGAACUCCUCUGACACGCGGCCGCUGAUUAAAUUAUUUUCUGAGGAAUCCUGUUCGGCCGAAACGGAGGAACAAUGCCCCAUUGUGCUGGAGAACGAAGUGAUUCAAGAGGACUUCAAACGAGAGACGCUCCAGCCUAAAACGAACAGCACCCAGAUCGAUCCAAGUGCUCUAGCCGAGGCCGAGAGCUACGCCCGUUCCUGGGCUCAUGCAUUUCUCAAGCUGAGCGAAGACCAAAAGUUCUAUGCGAAGCGCUCCAUAGAUGAGCUGCUUGUGCUGGGCCGCCUGGAGAGAUUGAACAUAUCCACCGUCACAUCGCUAACGACAAACUUGUAAAAUUCAACACACUUUAGAGCCAAUUGCUGCCCAAACUAGUACACUAGUAGCCUUGAUAUUGUUAAGCGGAAGGAUGGGGUAUUUCUCGCAUUACAGAUAUGAUAGCAAAUAAAUGGGUUAAUUUCUUAAAUAGACGCA